AUGCUUAUCCCCAAGGCCGAUCGCAAGCUCAUUCACGAGUACCUCUUCCGAGAGGGCGUUCUCGUUGCUAAGAAGGACUUCAACCUUCCCAAGCACGGCGACAUCGACACCAAGAACCUUUUCGUCAUCAAGGCUUGCCAGUCUUUGACCUCGCGCGGAUACGUCAAGACCCGCUUCUCGUGGCAGUACUACUACUACACCCUCACCCCCGAGGGUCUCGACUACCUCCGCGAGUGGCUCCACCUGCCCGCUGAGAUCGUCCCCCAGACCCACAUCAAGCAGCAGCGCUCUGCUCCUCCCCGGGGUAUGCUCGGCGGUGACGGCGAGCGCCGUGGCGGCCGCGGUGCUCCCCGUGGCGACCGUGGUGACCGCGAGGGUGGCUACCGCCGCCGUGAUGCUGGCGAGAAGGCUGAGGGUGCCGCUCCCGGCGAGUUCAAGCCUGAGUUCCGUGGUGGCUUCGGGCGAGGCCGUGGCGCCCCUGCCUCUUAA